CCCAGGGCGUGCCUGGAGUCUGACAGACUCUGAGUGGCGGCCGGGCGGCUCCAGUCCCAGGGUCCACAACGCGAGUCAACAUGGCCGCAGCGUUUAGGAGAAGCUGCGGGGUCCUGAGAAGUAUUAUUUCUCAUUUUGACUGGAGAUCACAACAUACGAAAGCUCAUCAAAAAGGAGAACCAGGAUUAGGAUUUAGUUUUGAGUUCACUGAACAACAGAAAGAAUUUCAAGCUACUGCUCGUAAAUUUGCCAGAGAGGAAAUAAUCCCGGUUGCUGCAGAAUAUGAUAAAACUGGUGAAUACCCUUUCCCCCUAAUUAAAAGAGCCUGGGAACUUGGUUUAAUCAAUACACACAUUCCCGAGAGUUGUGGAGGACUUGGACUUGGAACUUUUGAUGCUUGUUUAAUAACUGAAGAAUUGGCUUAUGGAUGCACAGGGGUUCAGACUGCUAUUGAAGCAAACUCUUUGGGGCAAAUGCCUAUUAUUAUUGCUGGAAAUGAUCAACAAAAAAAGAAGUAUUUGGGGAGGAUGACUGAGGAGCCAAUGAUGUGUGCUUACUGUGUAACAGAACCAGGAGCAGGCUCUGAUGUAGCUGGUAUAAAGACCAGAGCAGAAAAAAAAGGAGAUGAGUAUAUUAUUAAUGGUCAGAAGAUGUGGAUAACCAACGGAGGAAAAGCUAAUUGGUAUUUUUUAUUGGCACGUUCUGAUCCAGAUCCGAAAGCUCCUGCUAAUAAAGCUUUUACUGGAUUUAUUGUGGAAGCAGAUACCCCAGGAGUACAGAUUGGAAAAAAGGAGUUAAACAUGGGCCAGCGAUGUUCAGAUACAAGAGGAAUUGUCUUUGAAGAUGUGAAAGUACCUAAAGAAAAUGUUUUAAUUGGUGAAGGAGCUGGUUUCAAAAUUGCAAUGGGAGCUUUUGAUAGAACCAGACCAACAGUAGCAGCUGGUGCUGUUGGAUUAGGACAAAGAGCUUUGGAUGAAGCUACCAAGUAUGCCCUGGAGAGGAAAACUUUUGGAAAGCUGCUUGUAGAGCACCAAGGAGUAGCAUUUUUGCUGGCAGAAAUGGCAAUGAAAGUUGAACUAGCUAGAUUAAGUUACCAGAGAGCAGCUUGGGAGGUUGAUUCUGGUCGCCGAAAUACCUAUUAUGCCUCUAUUGCAAAGGCAUUUGCUGGAGAUAUUGCAAAUCAAUUAGCCACCGAUGCUGUGCAGAUUUUUGGAGGCUAUGGAUUUAAUACAGAAUAUCCUGUAGAAAAACUAAUGAGGGAUGCCAAGAUCUAUCAGAUUUAUGAAGGUACUGCCCAAAUUCAAAGGCUUAUUAUAGCUCGUGAACAUGUUAGCAGGUAUAAAAAUUAAAAGAGACCUCUACAGAAACGUGGUUAAUCGUUGAAUAAUUAGAAUACAAUCUACUGUUUAUGUUUCAGAAAAGAGAAAGGGCUUUAAAAUAAGUAUUCUUAUAUAAAUCUAUACCAUUGAUUCUAAUGUUAGUUUGCACUUUUGUUUAACAACUCUAUGAUUUCCCUUUUUUUCAGAUAGAUUUGGUUUCAUUACAAUUAUGUGUUGUCACAAUGUUGUGAUGGUGCACACCUAUAAUUCAAGCUACUUAAGAGGCUGAGGCAAGAGGAUCACAAGUUUGAGGCCAGCCUCG